AUGGAUGAGCAAACCAAUCACCAGGUUCAAGCAGUUCGUCAAGACGUUGAAGGAUUGAAAGAUCAAUUGGCAAAGAUCCUCGAACUGCUUACUACUGGAAGAGGAAAGAGUGUUGCGGGGACUUCAAGUGGAAGUUUUACUUCUAAAAGGCCGUCUAGUCCACGCAUGGUGGAUAGGACAUACCCUACAUCCUUUCCUGUGCAAAAUCCUAACUCGACCACCCAACAGGCAUCCCAUGUGAGCGAUCCCAUAUCUACUCCAAUUAAGAGAAGUGGUAAGAAAAUUUCAGAAGAGCAUGGUAGUAGAAGAAGAUUGGAAUUUCUAGAAGAAAGAUUGCACGUCGUUGAAGGUGGAGACAUGCACGGGAGUAUUGGCACAGCACAACUAUGUUUGAUAUCAGAUGUGGUGAUCCUUCCCAAAUUCAAGACUCCAAAUUUUGAGAAGUACAAUGUAACCACAUGCCCAAAAAGUCAUCUAGUUACGUACUGUCGGAAAAUGUCAGCUUAUGCUCAUGAUGAUAAAUUGUUGAUUCAUUGUUUUCAAGACAGCUUAGUUGGCCCGACUUCUCGCUGGUACAUGUAG